CGAGUUUCAAUGCCACUCACGCGCCACUGACAGUGAUGGCUUCCGUCCAUGUACAGAAUGUGCAAUGCGCAUUCACUUCCGAGAAUCAUGCAAGCUAAACAGAUCAGCCAAGCACAGCGCUUCUGCUUCCCAAAUUGUUAGCAAAACAUACCUGCAAUACGCUCCUGACCUUCACUUGGUACAAGGGAUGCUUUUCAAAGUUGCGGUCCGAUGACAGGCGUCCAAAGGCUGCAGCGUUUGCUGAGCUCCCAAAGGCAGCUCCAUCAAACUGCAAUCAGGCAGUCAAGGAAAGCAGUCUGCCAAUGGGAGAAUGUGCAUUUGGGGGCCGUCAAGUGCUGCAGAGGAUUGGUCGACUUUCUCUCAGAAGAUGCUGCAGCUGAUGUACAUUAUGCAUCAGAUCAGAAGGACGCGCCACACGUAGACCAUCCUCGGAAGUCAGCAGACUGGUCAUCAUGCCUUGUCCCAAUUCCGAGCAGCUCUGCGACCCGAAUGCGGAGACCCCAUUCUCUGGGGAAUCCUCAAGCUGGACAGUCAAAGGUGUUUGCUGACAUUGGCGAGGGCUUCGCUCCAUUGACUUGGACCAUUGCAGACUUGAAUGCAACCGCUAAAAGCUUGCACAGCAGCAUUCUCAAUGCCAGCCUUGUCAAACGCUCACUCAGACAAAGUCCUCUUCAAGCACCACGCAGCAUCGCACGCAGCUCACCAUUACAUACGCACAGUCUAACAGCUAGCAGCCAUAGCCAUUCAACAAACAAGCAUAGCCUCUCAGUAGGUGGAACAAGGGGGUUUGCCACAGAAAGCGCCGCAGAAGUUGCGGACGUGUUAGUGGAGCACCUGGAUACUGACGGUUCAGAUCACCCCACGGAUGCUGACUUGGACAGGGCUUUGGGGGAGCCGUCGUCCAAGGCAAGCGUGACGGAUGUGGUGAAAGGAUCCACCCCAAAGGUAUCAAUUGAAGCCACCAAGCUGUUCAACCGCGUCUGGAACCAGGUCGUGAUCAAGAUGGGGGGCAUCGAGAGCCUGAACAUCCCCAAGGAGAUUGUCUGGCUCAACGGCGCUCCCGGCUCCGGCAAGGGCGCCAACACCCCGUUCAUUCUCCAGACCCGGGGCUUCCCAACAAAGGCGAUCAGCAUAAGUAACCUGCUGCAGGACGAUCAGGCGGCGCAGGAGAUCAUGAAGAGCGGGGCGUUGCUGAGCGACUCGCACGUGCUCGAGCUGGUGCUUGAAGGCAUUCUGAGGAUGGGGUUCGUGGACUCGCCGGACGAGGAGGGCGAUGAAAUCCCGGACGAGGACGAGAUCAUUGCCGGCGUCGUCGUGGACGGCUUUCCGCGCACCACGAUGCAGGUCGACUUCGUGAAAUUGCUGCACGACAAGUUGGCGGACCUUCACUACCAGCACAUGAGCACCGGCCAGGAGCACCACUUCCCGCGGCCAAUCUUCCGGAUCGCCGUUCUCUACGUCGAGGAAGAGGAGAGCGUGCGGCGGCAACUGCACCGGGGGCGCGCCGCGCUGGCGCACAACCAGCGGGUCAAGGAGAGCGGGUUAGGGGAUCUGGCGGAAGUGCGGGAAACGGACCUCGAUGAGAGGGCGGCGCGGCGGCGUUACCAGAUCUUCCGCGAGCACUACGAUACGCUGCUGCGGCUCAAGAGCUUCUUCCCAUUUCACCUCAUCGACGCCAUGGGCACACUCGCGCAGUGCCGGGAACAGAUCGCGGAGGAGCUGCAGUACCAGAGCGGGCUGGAGCUGGGCGAGGACACGUUCCGCGCGAUCUGCCACCUGCCGCUGGCCAAGAACCUGGUGAAGCAGGCGCGCCAGAACAUGGUCACGCGCCUCGACGCCUACAUGAAGCACGACCUGGAGACAUUCAAAAAGGUGAUUGACAUUAUUGAGCACGAGGUGAUUCCGAUCGUGCGCAAAUGUGCGCUCGCGGGGGUGGCCCUGUACAACACGGAGCGUCCGCUCUUCUUCCAGCACCCCGAGGCGUCCGAAAUGCUCGCGGACGUCCUGUCGGAGCGCGGCUACUACGUAACGUGGCAGACGAGGACGAGGGAAAUCCCUGUCAAGGUGGACCUGACGACUGGGGGCAUCACGUGCGAAAAGCGCGUGUCCCUCCAAUUCCGCAUCAAAUUUGACAGGCCGAUCAUCCGGGGUCCAACCUUGUAUCCCUCGGCUGAUGAGAAGGCCUGAGCGCGCAGUCUGUGUAGGACCCUAGCGUAAUUGUACAUUAAGUGGCACUCGGGCGCUGUGUUUGACGCCAAACGUGCUGUAAUAUUGGUUACUUCAGGCGUCUUGAGCAGAUUCAGGGGAACGGGCUCAGCAGUCGAGACGUCAGGUAUGGUUUACUCACGUUUCAAUCGUGGCGACUUUCAAACAUUUACGAAUACAGGUGCAUGCAGAAAGGUACUACUGCAGUCGUAUCCAUUUGCCCAAACAAUUUGAAUAUUUUCAUCGUUCCAGGGACCACGUUGCUAGCCCCGCUUUUCAAUUCGCGUGCGUCCCUGUGAGUGCU